CGUCCAAAGCAUCAAAAGACUCGAACCAACCAGCCCUCCUCCCACCGGAACAGAAGCGAAAACAUCAAAUCGAAUCUUCGCCAUGGCUCGGCGCACGCCCCUCUCGCCGCUGCUCAUCCUCCUCGUCGUCGCCGCGCUCCUCGCGGCCGCUCCCCUCCCGCCGGCGGCCGGCGCCGACGCGUUCGAUGUCCGCCGCCACCUCUCCACCGUCACCAGGUACGAUGUGGCCAGAGGUGCCAGUAGUGUCAUCUCCAUGCCAUCAAUCUCAGAUGGGUGCCGUGUGAUCCACCUCAAUCUAGUGGCAAGACAUGGGACUCGCUCUCCUACUAAGAAGCGAAUUAAGGAGCUGGAUAGUUUGGCAGUUCGGCUGAAAGCUCUUAUAAAUGAGGCAGAACAAGGCCCUCAGGGCGAUUCUCUGAAGAAAAUUCCAUCCUGGAUAAAGGGGUGGGAGUCGCCUUGGAAGGGUAGGACUAAAGGUGGUGAGCUGAUUAUUGAAGGAGAAGAAGAGUUGCACAACUUAGCUACCAGAGUGAAGGAGAGGUUUCAAGACCUAUUUGAUGACGAAUAUCACCCUGAUGUAUAUUCAAUAAGAGCAACUCAGGUUCCUCGAGCAUCAGCUAGUGCAGUAGCAUUUGGUUUGGGACUGCUUUCUGGGAAAGGAAAGCUUGGACCAGGGAAGAACCGUGCCUUUUCUGUUCUCAGUGAGAGUCGUGCAAGUGAUGUUUGUCUGAGAUUCUUUGACAGCUGUGAGACAUACAAGGCAUACAGAAAAAGAAAGGAGCCUGAUGUUGAGAAGCAAAAGGAACCGAUUCUAGAGCAUGUUACAGCUGCACUUGUCAGUCGUUAUCACCUCAAUUUUACAACUCAGGAUGUUGCUUCCCUCUGGUUUCUUUGUAAGCAGGAAGCAUCUUUAUUGAAUAUAACCAAUCAAGCUUGUGGGCUUUUUAAUGAAGCUGAGGUUUAUUUUCUAGAGUGGACAGAUGAUUUGGAGGGUUUUGUUCUAAAAGGCUAUGGUGAGUCAAUUAACUACCGAAUGGGACUGCCAUUGCUUAAGGAUGUUGUCCAGUCAAUGGAAGAAGCAAUCGUAGCUAAAGAAGAAAACUGGCCUGAUGGUACAUAUGAAAAGGCAAGGCUCCGAUUUGCACAUGCAGAAACUAUUGUUCCUUUCAGCUGCCUUCUUGGUCUUUUUCUUGAUGGCUCAGAUUUUGAUAAUAUACAACGGGAGGAAGCAUUGGACCUACCCCCUAUGCCACCACAGGGAAGAAACUGGAAGGGCAGUGUUGUAGCCCCUUUUGCUGGUAACAAUAUGCUGGUUUUAUACCAAUGCCCAGGCAAAAUUUCGGAUGGCAGCACGACUUCUGGGGGUCAAAAUAAAUACUUCAUUCAAGUUCUACACAAUGAACUCCCAGUUUCAAUGCCAGGUUGUGGCAACAAAGAUUUCUGUCCAUUCGAGGAGUUCAAGGAGAAGAUAGUGAAACCGCACUUGAAGCAUGACUACGACCUGAUAUGCAAGGUUAAGCCGCCGGUGGCAAGAGAGGAGCCUGCUUCCUUCAUGUCGAACUUCUUCUCAGGAUUGUUCUCGCAGAAGGGGUACAGAGUCGUCAGUGCUGAGGGUGUCAAGACUGAGUUGUAGGCCACACUAGCAACCGGUAUCUGCCACCUUUCACCAUCUGCUGCAACUGCGUGCGAGUUCUCGAACAACGAACGGGGUUAACCGAUGCACACUAACCUGCGGUAUUUUUGUACCUAGGUAGUAGUAAGACGAGGGAGUCCCAGCUGUAUACUCACGAGCCACUAAUGUUCAUGUUCUUUGAGGAAAAAGAUCCAUGUGAAUUCUGUUUAA